CUGCAGACUUCCCAGUCUGAUGGCAUCAUGCAGCAAAUAGCUCAACAUGGCAGUGGCAGCUUUGUGAGACAGCAGAAGACACACAACCCCUUCUUUUUAAGACCACUCCCUUCACCCAUCCCUCUCCCUCUCUCUCUCUAAGGAAGCCACUAGCUGUCCUCUUUUAGGGCUCCCACUGGUGUCUGAGUCCAUGGAUGGGCUGUAGAGAGAGCUGCAAAAGUGGGGAUGGAUUCGAGCUCUCUCAAAGCCUCCGGUGCCUCAAGCGGCUCCGGUGAUGCUCUCCAUGGGCUCAAGUUUGGGCAAAAGAUCUACUUUGAGGAUGGUGGUGGUGGGUGUGGGAGCUCCUCCAAGCCGUCGCCGGCUUCGGCCAAGGACGCCGCGGCGCCACCGCCGCCGGGUAGGAAGGGGAAGGGGGUGGCGCAGGGGGGGCAGCAGCAGCCACCCAGGUGCCAGGUGGAGGGGUGCAAUGCGGAUCUGACUGGGGCUAAGGCUUACUACUGUAGGCACAAGGUGUGUGGGAUGCAUUCGAAGGCACCUAAGGUGAUUGUUGCAGGCUUGGAGCAGAGGUUCUGUCAGCAGUGUAGCAGGUUUCAUCAGUUACCUGAAUUUGACCAAGGAAAACGCAGUUGUCGCAGACGUCUUGCAGGACAUAAUGAGCGUCGAAGGAAGCCACCUCCUGGGCCAUUUGGAACACGCUAUGGCCGCAUUGCAUCAUCCUUCCAUGAAGACCCUAAUAGAUUCAGAAGCUUUCUAGUGGACUUCAGUUACCCAAAUUUCUCAUGUGCUGCAAGGGAUGUUUGGCCAACUGCAAGGACUGGUGAUCGGAUGGCUAAUAAUGAAUGGCGUGGUGUCUUAGAUGCUCCAUCCCAUGCAGCUGCACUGCAUGGUACUCAUCCCUGCUUUCAGGGACCUCCGGUGGGGGCCUUCUGCUCCCCCAUGGAACUUCCACCUGGUGAAUGUCUUGCAGGAGUCUCUGACUCGAGCUGUGCUCUCUCUCUUCUGUCAACUGAUCCGUGGAGCAGCAACUCUGCUGGAAACCGUUCUCCGGUAAUCCCAGCAAGCAGCACCUUUGAUGGCCAGCCAACAACCCAUUCAGUCAUUCCCAGCAAUUACUUCAACAGCUCAUGGGGAACCAGAGGUCAUGGAGCCAGGAUUAGCUCACAUGAAAUCCAGCAUGAAAUGGGAUUAGCAGGAGGGACAACCAACGUCAGUGAUGCUCAUUUUACAGGUCAAGUAGAGUUUGCUCCGCAGGAAAAUGGACACUGCCUUGACCAUGGUUCAGAUAGGGCAUAUGACCAUUCAGGUCCUGGCAUGCAAUGGUCUCUUUAGACCUCAUGAUAACUAUGGCAUGGAAGGAUGACCAGCAUCAUGAAGUCAAAAACUUUCUAAAUAUCAGUUCUAUUUCUAAAGAUCUUAUGGAUCUCAACUCUUUUGUCUGUAUGUAUGAAACCUAUGCUACCGAGAAGCAUCAGUAAUGUUGUGAUGUCCUUUUGCUAGUAUCUAUUGUAUGUAGGUGAUGUUAGGAACUGUUGAAGACAUGUUAUCAUGAUGAAUUUGGAUUGACAGUGCAAUUCAAGUUUUUUAA